AUGAGUUGGCUGUAUAGUUUUUUGAUGUUAUGUAUUAAUGCUAUUGUGGCUUAUAAAUGUUUCUACAAGUUUAUGGAAGACGAGGCAAGAUUUUGUUCGUGCGAUCAUGCGAAUGAAGUCACUAGCCUAGAAGCCCUCGUGUUGUGUUCUAUGAGAUGCUCACAAAGAAGAGCCGGUUGUGUGGCUUACAACUUCUUCAACCUUAUCAACCAGCGCCAGCUCUUCAAUGAAACGCUCGGCAAGUUUUCCGUACUGUCCGGUUGCCAAUAUUAUUUCAGAGAAGAUUUAAAUGCAAUUAAUGAAACACUGACCAUUGACGUGGUUAACAAACUGGAGGAAUUUUACACCAACGGCAGAAGCAUUUCUGUGUCUCCUGCGACUUUUCCACAUGCAAACGACUGGGACCAACCGGACCACUACAAUGUUGGAGGCGACCAGAUUGUCAUCGCCGUAGAAGGGUACAAUGAUAAUCUUGAAGCACCUGGAAGUGUAGUUAGUACCAACAGCUCCACAGUUGGCUGGUACAAAAUUAAUUACAAUGACUCACUCUGGCCUGCCGCUAAGGAAUAUUCAAACUCAUUUUAUAAGUCCGCUGGAAGUACCGCAUGGAAUGCUGAACCAAGUGUCUGUAAAAACUGCAAAUCUUACUGCAGGAAAAGUUUUAUAAGUAAUUUUUAUAGAAAUUUAAAUCAUGGCAAGCGGUGGGUCCAUAAUUUUGCAGUUGGGGGAAGGAUUUUAAACAUCUCUUAA